UGGUGCAGAGGGAGAAUUUGAGAUGCAACGUGCGGCCCGGAUACAGGAUUACUGCAAUUAAGAUCAGUUUCAGUGCCCCCUUAAAAAAAAAACCUGCGCCUCUCAGUGGCGCAUGUGCUUGCUCGCAUUUAUGGGUGCAGAUGUAGCUCGAGCCCGCGCAUCUGACUCACCAAUUAAAGAAACCGUGUUUUCUAGCAGCGAGAGGUCGGAUUUCCGCGUUGCUACUGAGCGAAGAUACGCUGCCAGACUUUAAUUUGAGAGACGGCAUUUGCGCCCCGUCUUGCUGGAAAAGCAGGGUGGGAGGUUCCAGAUGCCGCGAAAACCGUUGUGCAUGAAUUUGGUGUAGACUACACGGUGUUUGAAAUCAAACGGCCGCUAAGAUUGAUUAAGUAAACUGAUAGUUUGUGAAUAACGACGUUAUUUUGUAAUAGCACGUUUAUUCGACAAGUUGUAAUGGACAGACGAUGCGCAACGCCACAUUUGCCUUUUCGAGCGUCUUUCGCCUCGAAGCGCAGAGAAAUGUACAGGGUGGCCGCGGCUCCGCGCAAGGACUCCCUGGCUGCUCUCCUUGAUGUCCCUCUCCUGCGCUGACAACCCGUGAUACCGGCGCAUCGACAGUCCAGCCACCGGAGCCGCAGGUGUGUGUCAUCGAAAAAGGCGGAAGACAACGGAAUUGGAUGCCACCGAGAGAAGCGGCGGCGAGGCAGCGUGUAUGACCGCCCAAACCUCACUGUCUCCUGGUUUUGUGGCCCCAGCGGCACGACGCGAACGAUGAAAGCUUGGCAAGUUUGAAACUUUUGCUUGAUGGACUGUGAUUAAAGAGAAUGAUCUUUAUGGUUAUUGGCGCUGCUUUGGUGAUGGCGAUAGCGUGUUGGUUGGACAUGAACGCGCUGUUGGACCGCUUUCACAACUACAUCCUUCCACACGUGCGGGGGGCGGACCGCGUGUGCCACUGCAGCUGCGGCAGGCACAGCCUGCAGUAUGUGAUCCCGUACGAAGGCUCCAGCUCCCCGGACCGCGAUGGGCCAGCAGGGGGCAGUAGUGUGACUAAACAAGAGAUGGAUCUGGUUUUGGGGCUACUACUGGGCUUCUGCAUCAGCUGGGCCCUUCUGUGGCUCGACGGUGUCCUUCAGCGCCUCCUGCGUGUCUGGAGAAGUCGACGACAGCAGGAUGCGUGGCGAGCGUGGAAGUGGGUGACGCGCGUGUGCAGCGUGCGAGAGCUGCGAAGACACUUGCAGCUACGCAGACACGAUGACGCAGGAGACAACAACGUAGUUCACAUCAAACAGAAGCACUACCACAACGGGCACCCGCGCAGACCAUAACCCGCGCACCCAUACAGCACCACCCGCGCAGACCAUCACCCGCGCACCCAUACAGCACCACCCGCGCAGACCAUCACCCGCGCACCCAUACAGCACCACCCGCGCAGACCAUCACCCGCGCACCCAUACAGCACCACCCGCGCAGACCAUUACACAGACACCACAAUGGGCACCUGAGAGAACCUUAACGCACACACCCCACAACAGUGAAUAUUUUCUCACACAUACAUAACCUUGGAGCAAAGGAUGGAGUAUUUCACCAAUAGCAGGACUGGAAGCACAGACUCUGGGUUUUUGUUUUUGGUGGGGGGUGUCUGGGACCCGUCUAAACAUCCAGCCCCUCCUUCAGACAGCAAACAGAGGCCACCUUUGCACUUUCUUCCUGCCUGAGAUAUUAACACUGAGGUUAGAUGUUUAUUUUGCUUGCUAAUGUCUGUUUUUACAAGUUUGUCAGGCGUGUUAGUUUUGUACAGCAGGGGUUCGAUGUGUACAUAUUUUUGUUAAAAAACUAGUCAAUUUGUGUAUGAGAAGUUUUGUGUAUAUUUUAGGAAAAACCAGCAUGUCCAUGAAACCUUAGUACUAUGGUGCAAUUCUAGAAUAUUGGUGCAGAGCCAGAAUAUUUUAAUGAGACAUCAGCACAGGCAGGGACUUCCUAGAUUUGUGAUUGUAAAUGGAUACGUUGUAUAUGGAGAUGAGUGUUUUAUUUGGUAAAAUUGUGUGUAUUGUGGGAUACUAAUGUGCAUUUAAAAAAAAAAGUGUGACACUAGUUUAAAGCUGGAAAGGAGAUGUUUGUCAGUCUUCCUCUUUAGUCCUCGAAUAUCCAAAUGUUCUCGUGCCGAUGUGCGUCUGUUUGAAUAAAAGGUGAUUGAGUGGAACUGC